AUGAAAAUAAGUCUAAGUGUGGAGGAGAGGGACCGGGUAAAGAGGCCGACCUCCGGGGAAGCCCUCUACCCUCUCCCCACAGCGAGGGACUGUUCUCCAAGUACCAGUGCUGGGCUGGGUGAAAAUAAGCCAAAGUGUGGAGGAGAGGGACUGGGUAAAAAGGCCGACCUCCGGGGAAGCCCUCUCCCCGCAGCGAGGGACCGCUCUCCAAGUACACUGGGAGGUCCGCUUCAGCGCGCGACAUGGUCGGAAGGAAUCAAUCCGGUUAAGACUAAUGAGAAUGAAGCUUCGCUGCCUGCAUUCUACCACCUGCCCAUGUUUCAGCAUGCACCACAGCCACUUGUAGCAAAAGAACUGCUUCUGCCGGUUCCUCAUAAGAGACCGCUUCCAGCCGGACUGACCGAGCUGCUGUUACCGCCUACGAGGCAACACCAGAGUGUUCAAGAGAUGGGUGCACGCGCUGUGGAAGUCUGGUGCGGUAUCGAUCACAUCUCAGUGCGCGUGGACCGCUUCCAGCUGCGCGGUUGGACCGUUCCAUCCCUGUUCCGACUGGGUUCGUGUGAAGCCACCAAGAUCAGCCCCCGCUUCCUCUACUUCCACUCCAGACUGACGGAGUGCAGCGGAGAGUCUCAGGUAGUUGGUGGUCAGCUGGUGUAUACCUAUUGGCUUUGUUACACUCCACCUCCACAGGGCUACGUCAUCAGAGUUGUGCCACUCAGCCUUCCCAUCCACUGCCAUUACAACAGGUUUCAUUACUCUUACCAAGUGGGCUACAGACCUCAAGUUCAGCACACAACCUUUGUGAAGAGUGUCAGGAGUAAACUCGGCUACAGCCUCACUGUCUGCAAUGCCCAGGGGGAGCCUGUCCCUCCAGGCCACUGGUUCAUUUUGGGGGAGCCAGUGUAUUUUGUGGCCCAAGCGGGAGUUCUAUUGACUGGGGAAAGACUUUAUGUGGACUCGUGCUAUGCCACAAGCUCCAAAGACCCAAACAGCAUGCCCAAAGUGGAUAUCAUUACUAACUAUGGCUGCAUGACAGACAGCAGGAGGGAGGGCAGCAGCUCCCACUUCCUGGUAGGAGGGGGCAGUGGGCUGAAGUUCUCUGUGGAUACAUUUCUCUUCAGAGCAGCCUCACAAGUGCUGUACCUCCACUGUUCACUGUCAGUCAGUCUCACCCCUUCCUAUGUCUCAAAGUCCUGUAACUACAACAAGGCUGCUGGCAGGUGGGAGGAGCUGGAAGGCCCACCUUCAGUAUGCUCCUGCUGUGAUUCCAUGUGCACUGAUAAACAGCACUCUAUCAAGGACACAGUCAGCAGUCCAGUCUGGCGCAUUGGACAGAGGGGUGAAUACCAACCAAGGAUGAGGGCAACAUCUUUUCAAGAUGAUGAGGAAAGAGAAUUGGUGGAUCAAAAAGAGAAGGUGGAAGAAAGAAUGGAUGAACACCAUAAAAAAGUCAAGACUUUUCCAUUGGAGACAGAGAUGAGUCAUGAGGAGAAGGAUGAAGAAGCCAUUCCUAAGGAGACUACUGAUGAAAAAGAAUGGAGGCAUAAUGCUUCAUUCACCCAGCAGGGCAAGAGAGAAAAGGAGGAGAGUAAGAUGGAAAGUGUAGAUAUGGAAAAGGCAGGCACCCAGCCAGAAGAAUUAGCAACAGAUGGCAUGAUUAUGUCGGACCAGACUAGAGCAGAGGAGGCCUGGGAGGUCACUAAUACCAACAAAGGUUCUGUGAGUGGUUCAUUCAGUGACAACAGUAGCACUAAUGCUUCAAGAGGUAGUUCUGGUACAACCACUUUUACUACAAGCAAUUUCAGUUUUGGUAUUGAUUAUGAUAAAACAAGUAAUUAUGGUUCUGCUGAGAAUGUUAUCACAUCUGUUACUCCUGUCUUUCAGCUUUGUCCUAAUAGUGAUCAAAUGAAUUGUAGUGCCACCAAUAAUAGUGCAGGACAAGGUGCCACCUAUACUGUUAUUGGUGCAGAGAGCUUUACCUCCAGUAAUGUAAGAGUUACAUCUGGUACAAGUAGAUUUGGUUCUAGGAAUUCAAGAGUCCAUGAGGGUUUGCUUGGCAGUAAAUUUGAGACAAUGGCUGGGACACAUUCUGCCACCAGUGACUAUGAAAUUGACCCCCCAGGUUUUCUUGAUGUCAGCAGGCCAGAGUCAGAAAAGUUGGGCACUUUCCUGUGGUCAGACCAGUUCAAGUCUGUCAGUAACUCAGUUGACACCAAGUCUGAUGAGAUCCAAGAGCUAGCAGGUGAUUCUGUUGACAAUAAAGGACCACAUGCAGAUGAUAUAAUACUUCACAGUCUUCAGAUCAGAGGGUUAGAGUCAGAGCAGUUCGAUCAUCCAGAUGGGUUCAGGGACGCAGUCUUUGUAAACCGGUUACUUGGUGAUUCUGAUUUUGAUUCUGGAAUUGAAGAAGGUGAAGCUUUUCAUCUGAGUCAGUUUACUGGAGCAGUGAAGACACAAGAAUUUUCUGAUACCAUUAGCAGACCACACGAUGUCAGUUCUGGCUCUGUUAGUUCAGAGGAAAUGCAUCUAGACCACCCCAGGCACUCUGCAUUUGUUACAGUUACUACUAUGCUGCAAGGCUCUGAGAGCAGGCAGUGGGCUGAGGUAGUAUCAGGAUGGGGCAUGCAGAGUUUAGGGUUUGUGGUGGAGCAGCCAAUGGAGGAAUUGAGAGAUAAAGUGAUGGAAGACUUCUAUUAAGAUUAGUGGAUUCGUUCUCUGAGGUGGUUUCCACAAAUCCCCAAAAUACUGCUGUGCAGUCUAAUCCAUUUCAGCAGACCACCAAACAAUUCUAUCUUCAAGUUUUUUUACAUUCAGUUUUUGACCGGUCACUGCUGUUAACAUGGGAGUGGACAAUAUAUGAGAAACACGUUUCACUAUAAUGCAGUUUAGCAUAAUAUUAAUACAGCCUCUAAACUGACAGUUUAACACACGUCUGAAUCAGUCUCAACAAAACAGUAAAGGAUAACGUGCUGAGCUGUUGUAUUGGAUUAUACUGGGUCGUACAGAUGUUUAAUUAUUGAUAUAUUUAAUAUAGGUGAGUGGCUGAAAGAGAGCUUUGCAGGAGAGAAGAGUGAGGUCAAAGAGUAGUUGAAGGUCAUAGUAGGGUCAUGACCUGAAUCCACAUAUGAAGCUUCAGCAGGAGGAAAUUAGAUAGCUCCUGAUUAUCAGUCAGUGUCAUCUGGUUUUUAUCACAAUUGAUGAAAACAUAACAUCCAUUUCUUUCAAAUGCUGGAACUUUCCUUGGUUUUGGGAACCACGAGAGAUAUAGGAACCUUUCUAUUAAUCUUAUGUACCAUGGACAGCUUAGAGCAGUGUAACUCCCAAAUUGCUCACAUGGAACAUGGAGUACUUGAACUAAAAACCUGGACCAGGGGCAAACUUCCAGGCAAACCUCACUGGUUCUGGAGCAUAAUAAAUAGUUGCAGAAUCUGGUGUUCAGUUGGCUGUAAACAUGGUGAUGAAUAAUAAAAUUCUUUAACCAAGCCCUUACCUACCCUUGCCUUGUUUUCAUUAACAUAGGUUGCGUGGAAAUCUAGGGUGUACACCCACCUCUCCGCCAGUGCGCACUGCAAGGCUCUAACCCUAAAACCUCCCCUCAAUGGGUCUCAUUCAUGAAACGUGAGCAGAAGGAAUUUGUGUGUAAACUGUUCGCAGACGGAAAUUUACGUGCAUGUCCGCAUUCAUCAAUAUUUUAGUAGCUCUGAUCUUUUCGUAGCUACUAACAAAAUCUACUCCUGCUCCUGACCACUCGUAGUGCUUGUGCAAAUUUAGUAAAGCACAUAAAUAUUGCUUGCCACUACUGGAAAUUACAAUUUUAACUCGUAUUGCUCUCUGUUAUGUACACAAUACACCGAUGCCUUUGAAACACGUAAUCUAAACAUGACAAAAAUAUUAAAAAUACAACACAUUUAGUUAAAUUAGUUAGCAGUUAGCAGGUUUAAGAUCCAGAUUAGGUUCAUGAUUGUGAAUUAUCUAUGUAAAUCGACUCAAUAGAUUACACGUUCUUUCUACAUGUUGAAUGAUGAUAAUAAAAAUAUCCGUAAGGACUGCCGGGUCACAGCCUCUUCGGCCUUGGUGCCUGGGUUCAGCAGGGGCAGCAGGGGCAGCAGGUGGUGGGGCCACGAAGGAGCACGCGCCAGCUGAAAGAUUUUUUUUUCUUUUUUUUUUUUUGGCUUUUUGAUCAUUUGAAUGAAUAGAUCUGAUUUGAAAACUGUUUAAUUUACAUUGUAUUAAACAGAGCUUUAGGCUAUUAAGAUUCAAAUAAUUUGAAGACGAUGCAUACAAAACUGCUAGGCUAUAUGUUAUCCGUAUCAUUUGUUAAAAUAAAUGUUAAAUAGCUCUACAUUCCGACAGCCAUCACUGAUUUAGAGUUUAUCCAUUAUGCACAAAACAUCUCUGGUUUCCCGUUCCCACUUCAUUCAAAACCCCACAAAUGAAUCUUCUGUUUGUUUGGUGACCACUUUUUUGUGUGCUUAUGCGUUUCUUUGCCUCCAGUUUCAUAUCAAACCAUUUACGCUUCACCUCUGACAUGGUUCUUUGUACGAAGACAACAUUAACAGCAUAUGUUACCUCCCUCCAGGCCUUCGCUUUGCCUGUCCCUGUCACACCACUACUAACUGAAGAAAAUAAAAUGUUUUUUCUUAAGUCCACUUCACCCAAAAUUAUUUCAGUCUCCGCUUCGGAAAAAUUAUUUUUUCUUUCUCUCUCUUUCUUCCUUUGCGCCAUGACUGACAGGUGACUGGAUGCACCUACACCUCUUUAUAUGGUGGUCAUUGGCUAUUCAUGGGCGGGGAUUUAUGCUAAUUGCUGAUUACCGGGAGCACACUUUCACUUUACGAUGGAUUGGCAUUCAUGAUCAUACACACGUGUUUACGAUCAAAUCUGAGUUUCCCGCAGCGUUCCUGAAUCCGGAGUAGGUUUUUAGUAGAGUAGGCUUUUAUGUGCAAAUCUACACACAGAUUUACUCACUUUUCAUGAAUGAGACCCAUUCAUGUCCUUUUACUGCAUAUUGCUAACAAAGCUUAACUGCAUGUCACGAACUUGGCAUCUUCCCCGGAGCCUUUGUGCUCCACUGUCUUGUAUCUCCGCUAUACCUGGAUCGUGUGUCGUGGUUACGCUGCUGCCGUGGUCCUGCCUGGUGCCUCCUACUACUGUUACUAUUAUUAGUCAUACUACCGCUAUUAUUAUACUCAUAGGAUUGAUCGCCACAUACAUAUACUAUCAUAUAUUAAUAUAUACUUAUAACAUAUACGCUACCAAAAACUAUAAUUAAUAUAUUACUGCUGAAAUGUUAUUGUAGCUAUUGUCAUUACUGUUUGCCAUGCAUCUCUCUCUGUCUUACUUUCUCUUAAUAUAUCAUUUUGUUAUGUGGAUUACUGUAAAUGUAUUAUGUUGAUCUAUUUUGUACACACAACAUCUAUUGCAUGUCUGUUCGUCCUGGAAGAGGGAUCCUUCCUCAGUUGCCCUUCCUUAGGUUUCUACCUUUAUUUUUUCCCGUGAAAGGGGAUUGUUUGGGGAGUUUUUCCUUGU